GAGGGGGACAGAGGGGCCGGAGCUGCGGGAGCAGAGACCCGAGGGGUCCCGGCCCGGCCCAGCCCGGCCCAGCCUAUCGGCCUCGAGCCCAUUGGGGCUCCCCUGGCCAGCAAUGAGGCCGCUGCUGCCCCUCCUCCUCCUGCUGCUGGCGGGCCUGGCGUCCGGCUCGGCCCCGCUAGACGACAACAAGAUCCCCAGCCUGUGCCCCGGCCACCCCGGCCUUCCCGGAGCCCCCGGGCACCACGGCAGCCAAGGCCUCCCGGGCCGCGACGGCCGCGACGGCCGCGACGGGGCUCCCGGGGCUCCGGGGCAGAAGGGCGAGGGCGGCCACCCAGGGCUGCCAGGCCCGCGAGGCGAGGCGGGUGUGCGGGGCGAGGCGGGCCCGAGCGGGGCGGCGGGGCCCGCGGGAGAGUGUGCGGUGCCCCCGCGUUCUGCCUUCAGCGCCAAGCAGUCCGAGAGCCGGGCGCCCCCGUCCCCCGACGCCCCCCUGCCCUUCGACCAGGUGCUGGUCAACGAGCAGGGGCACUACGACGGCGCCAGCGGGAAGUUCACCUGCCACGUGCCCGGCCUCUACUACUUCGCCGUGCACGCCACCGUCUACCGCGCCAGCCUGCAGUUCGACCUGGUCAAGAACGGACAGUCCGUAGCCUCCUUCUUCCAGUUCUUCGGGGGGUGGCCCAAGCCCGCCUCGCUGUCGGGCGGGGCCCUGGUGAGGCUGGAACCCGAGGACCAGGUCUGGGUGCAGGUGGGCGUCGGCGACUACGUGGGCAUCUAUGCCAGCGUCAAGACGGACAGCACCUUCACCGGCUUCCUGGUCUACUCCGACUGGCACAGCUCGCCCGUCUUCGCCUGAUGCGGCUGCCCGCGCCUCGGAGGGGCAGGGUGGGGGGCCUGGGGGCGGGCUCAGGGCGCCCGGGAGGCCCCCCCGGCUGCCCGACCGUCCAGAUUGGGGCGGUUGGGGCCGCAGGGGCAGGGGGUGGUCAGUUGGCCCCCGCAGCCAAGCGCCCCGUCUGAGCUGAAGUUGCCAGGUGGCGAGGCCGGGGGAGGGGUGGGUACCCUCGCCCCCCCGGGACCCCCGAGACAGCAGUUCGUCCUUGUAGAUUCCUCAAUAAAGUUGUGAUCCUGUC